AGAGAACGAGGAUAAUUAUUUUGUGGUUUGUCAAAAAUCCCCUUUUGAAACAGAAUCAUAUGAUACACACACACACCAUGCGGACUUCAAAAACCCCUGCCUGCAACAGAAUCAUGUGAUAUUGUGAUCAUAAUCACAUCAUCGUUGUUUCUGUCUCGUCUUCAACCCUCCUCCACCCAUGAACCAACCCCUCCUGAUUCGCCUCAAUCUGCUAAUCACCGAACAUCAAGCUUCAGUAACAAAAUGGUGAAGCUGAAAAUCCCAGAGCACCAAGUUGCAGGUCACCAAGCAAAAAACGGAAUCCUAGGUCCUCUAAUAGACGAUUCUGGAAAGUUCUACAAACCUCUUCAAGACGAUGAACGAGGUUCCAAUGAACUUGCUUUCUACACAUCCCUCUAUUCCGAUCCACGCAUUCCCACCAACAUUCUCAAAUUCUUCCCUUCUUUUCACGGCACUCAAACCGUCGAUGCCUCCGACGGAUCUGGUCUACACCCCCACCUCGUCUUAGAAGACAUUGUCAGCAAUUACACCAACCCUGCCGUCGUCGACAUCAAGAUCGGUUCACGAACAUGGCACCCACAGUCCUCUGAAGAUUACAUCCGGAAAUGCCUCCAGAAAGAUCGAGAAUCUUCUAGUAUCAAAUUAGGGUUUAGAAUCUCCGGUUUGAGGUCAGUGGGUCCCACUAAUCAAUUAUGGCAGCCUCAUAAAAAGUUUCUUAUGGAUCUAUCUGUUGAUGAUGUGAUGUUGGUUUUGAGGAAAUUUGUUUCUUCAGACGGUAAUGUUGAUGAACCUGAUUGUGUUUUUGGGUCUAGGGUGUUUGUUCCUAUUUUGGAGGAAUUAUUGGAGCUUAAGAAAUGGUUUGAAGUUCAAACUAUUUUUCAUUUUUAUUCAUGUUCUGUUCUUGUGGUUUAUGAGAAAGAUGAAAAGGAGGAUGAGAAGAAGAGUGCAAGUGCUGUUGUUAAGCUUGUUGAUUUUGCUCAUGUGGUUGAUGCUAAAGGUGCUAUUGAUCAUAAUUUCUUAGGGGGUCUCUGUUCUUUGAUUAAGUUUGUUAAGGAUGUUUUGACUGGUCUAUCUGAUGUUCAGACCUCAAACCCUAAAGCUUAAGCAUAAGAGUAAAACUCCACGAUUUUAAUUAGCAUAAUACUUUUCUUAGAGCAGAUAGAUAGAUUUGGUUCAUGUUGUAAUCAUCUCAAUUUGAUGACUUAAACAAAGGUUUGAUCAUGUUCUUUGAGUAAUAAAAUGACCGCUUCUAUAAGGUCUUUUGAAAAGUUUUACAGAGUUUCA